GUAUUGUUUGUGCUUUGGUCAAUGAGACUUUCAUUCUGCAACACUCAUCAUUAGAAGAAAAGUGAGAGAAUAAGGUAACCCUGCAUGUCAGCCCGCUCCGGGUCGCUUCAGUGGAUUUACCCUAAAGUACGUUUGUCUUUAUUAACUUAAUUAUUGAACAUCUGGAGUAAUUAGGAGCAGACUGACGGUUUUCCUCCUCCAAACUGUUCAGACUCAGAGAAGCUCCAGCAGGCUGAGUGUCUGUAUAGUUUACACGUUUACUGGAAUAGGCUACUAACUUUUUCUGUGCGUGAGUCUUUUGCUCAGUGCAUGUCCCUGCAAGUUUCUCCCGCUUCCGAACUAACACAAACACUCAAGCUGCGCUGCACACAAUGGGCGGCUCCCACACCCACAGGUACAGUAGAUUCAUAGACUGUACAAAUGUACAACAUGUUUCAACUCUAUCAAGCCCGCAGACAUUCUAUAAUUUAUCCAAUAAAGUAAGUUUAUCCGAUACCAACAUUAAAUCUAAAACGGCUGCAUGCUUGCACACUUUUGCUUAUGGGACAUUGCAAAGAUGUAACUUUCUCUGGAUAUUUACCCUGAUUUAUGGAGCCCCCUUGCGGUCAGCAGGGGUCCACUAAAUAAAAGGCUGCAUAACAUAAUACACCCCAGCAUUUCUCCAUGGAUUUAAGAAUCCACACAUCUAAUUGUCCAAACGGCAGACGACAACACGCCCUUUAGGAAACACUUCUUCUAAGAGUUACUUGUUGGAGUAUCCAUUUCUUGACAUAUUUCUGUUUAUCCUCUCUGAUUGCAAGCACAGUGACAUAACUCAUCAGCACGUGACAACUAAAAAUAAAGAAACACACAAAGAAAGACCUUGUUAUGGUGACAUGGAUCACAGACUGAUGGUGCUCUUGGUACUGCUCUGGAGCUCAGGUGUCCACGUAGAAGAAAUCAACAACCACAAUGAAUCUGUCAGGUUGGUGGGAGGAGACAGUCGCUGUGCAGGAACAUUGGAGAUUAAACAGGGAGAGUGGAAACCUGUGUACGGCUUUCUCUGGACCCUGAGAGAAACAGCUGCAGUCUGUAGAAACCUGGACUGUGGUUUUGCUGUUUCUACAGAAUGGAGAAAGGAGUCCUCAGACAAAGCUGUGUGGACGAUCACGGCUGAAUGUGUUCACUCUGGGUCUGCUCUGAGUGACUGUGUAAAAUCUGAUAUAUCCACACACAACCUGGAGAUCACCUGCUCAGACUCUUUCAGGCUGGUGAAUGGGACCAGUCUGUGCUCAGGCAGACUGGAGGUGACGUCUAACCAGAGCUGGUCCUCAGUGUGUGAAGAUAACUUUGACCAUCAGGAUGCAGAGGUGGUCUGCAGGGAGCUUGGCUGUGGGGCUCCUUCAGUCCUCCAGGGGGCGCUCUAUGGAGAAGUGGAGACUCCAAUGUGGACCAAAGAGUUCCAGUGUGGAGGAAAUGAGUCCUCUCUCCUGGACUGUAGAAGCUCAGGCUCAGAUAGAAACACCUGCUCACCUGGCAGAGCUGUUGGACUCACCUGCUCAGAACCUCUCAGGUUGGUGGGAGGAUCCAGUCGCUGUGCUGGAACAUUGGAGGUGAAAAGCCAGAACGAGUGGAGACCAUUGGAGGAUUGGAACUAUGGCUUGACCCUGAAGGACGCAGCUCUAUUCUGCAGAGAGCUGGACUGUGGCUCUGCUGUUUCAGUAGGAUGGAGAAAGGAGUCUUCAAAAAAACCUGUGUGGCAGAUGCCACCUGAAUGUUUUCGCUCUGGAUCUGCUCUGAGGGAAUGUGUAAUAUCAGAAUCCUCUCCCUAUAUCCUGGAGAUAACUUGUUCAGACUCUGUCAGGCUGGUGAAUGGGACCAGUCUGUGCUCAGGCAGACUGGAGGUGAAGUCUGACCAGUCUAACCAGAGCUGGUCCUCAGUGUGUGAAGAGGACUUUGACCAGCAGGAUGCAGAGGUGGUCUGCAGGGAGCUUGGCUGUGGGGCUCCUUCAGUCCUCCAGGGGGCGCUCUAUGGAGAAGUGGAGACUCCAAUGUGGACCAAAGAGUUCCAGUGUGGAGGAAAUGAGUCCUCUCUCCUGGACUGUAGAAGCUCAGGCUCAGAUAGAAACACCUGCUCACCUGGCAGAGCUGUUGGACUCACCUGCUCAGAACCUCUCAGGUUGGUGGGAGGAUCCAGUCGCUGUGCAGGAACACUGGAGAUGGAACAGGGAGAAUGGAGACCAGUGUAUAUUAGUAAAAGCUGGACCCUGAAGGAAGCAGGUACAGUCUGCAGAGAGCUGGACUGUGGCCCUGCUGUUUCUACAGAAUGGAGGAAUGAGUCACGCAGACCUGUAUGGCUGAUAACAUCUGAAUGUGCUCAUUCUGGAUCUGCUGUGAGGGAAUGUGUAAUGCCAUAUUCCACUUUCUACCUUCUGGAGAUCACCUGUUCGAUUUCAGACUUCCCAGUGGAGAAUUUAAAGCAAAGUCAAGGAGUGUUUCAACCAGUUUUCAUCUUUGCUGUCAUUCUCCUGCUGCUCAGUUUGUUGUUGUACAUCGUCGGCAUUUAUUCCACCUGCAAGGCCAACAAGGGGCAGACGUCAGAAGGACAGAUGGAUACUGGAGUGUUAUAACCUCGCUGGUUAGAGAAGAAGAAGGCUGAAGAACUCAAAUGCUCAUUUAAAAAACUGGUUUACUUAAAAAAAUGUCUGAUCUCAACAGUCUGCUGGAUACACAACAGAGAGUUUGUAAAGACAUCAAUUUUUUACAUAACCCCAAACACUUCAGAGACAGAGCUGUCAUGUACUGUAUUGUACUAUGUAGUGUAAAUAUCUAAUACGAUAACUUCUUCUUUAAAGGACAGUAUACUCUAAAUUGUUUCUGGUUUAAAUUUUUCUAUAUAAUAAUAAUAAUAAUUAU